UGUGCCGUGCUGUCUUGCAGGGAGAAGGAGAGGGAGCAGCUCUCUGCCUUACGGAAACACCACGAGGAAGAGAUUGAUCACCACAAGAAGGAGAUAGAGCGUCUGCAGAAGGAAAUUGAGCGUCAUAAGUAUAAGAUCAAGAAGCUUAAAGAUGAUGACUAAGCUGAUGCUGUUGUUGAAUGUGCAUGGCCAGCGCUGGUUGUGGUGUAAAACGGCACUGAAGACUGUAUGCUUUGGCCAACAUAAUCCAAAUUCGUCCACUUAUACUGUGGUCUGCAGCAAUGUCAAAUAAACUACUCGGUCACUCUUUUCCGCU